AUGGUGGCUCUACUAGAUUGCAUUGUCAGGUUGGAUUUUUCAAGGGCUUUCAAUGAAAUUAAUUAUUUAUUAUGAUAAAAUCUAAUUAUCUUUGAAAAAAAGACGAAAUUAAAUCGAUGAAUCACUUGUUUUUUUGUACACUUUCCGGCUAUUUUUUUAACCUUUUUUUCCACAGAGUUUCUGUGAUCUUUCAACUGAUAAAUGAAGCUAUUUCCUCAUAUUUUUAUAUUUUUAUAUAGUUUGGUCACGAUUUUAUUGAUUUCCAGCUACUUGCGAGGCGCUCGCCCGGGCGAUUUCGUGAUUCAUAACGAUAAAAGGCGCUUUUUCGCAGUGGUCUACGUGAAAACCAAUGACGGGGUGACGAGGAUCAAUACUUAAAUUUGAUUAUUGAUCGAAUUACAGGUGAAAGCUGCCUUUCAUGCUGCGGACAAUGACGGCUUCUUCACUUGGAAGGAGAAAAUCUUCGAUGAAAUUCAUGAUCUUUGCGAUUUUCUUGUCGCUUAUCAAAUUCCACUUUUUGUGAGUUUUCGGAGUAUAUUUAAAAUUUGCUUCAAAAAAAGGAGUUUCGGUUUUUUGGCCACGCCCCUUUUUUGCCGUUUCCCUCCUCGCCAGGAUUUGAAGAAUAAAACAAAAACUCAAAAUCGAAUAAAAUUUUUUAAAGGUUAGAUACUGUAUAAAAAAAAAGGAGGUCAAAAAUUUAGAUCUUAGAGAGUACUGAAAAGUCGGAGAGAGUUAGACGAUAAUAAUAAUGAUCUUGUCUAACACCUUCUUCAUUUUCCAUAGUCUCUGACUUCUAGAGAGUGUGGAAAAAUUGGAGAGAGCUAGACAGUGAGAGAGUGCAUGUCUGGAGCUCUCCACUUUUCCUAUAAUCUUUCACUUCUAGAGAGUGUAGAAAAGUUAGAGACUGUUAGACAGUGAGAAUAAUGAUUUUUUCUAACACUCUCAUUAUUUUCCAUAAUCUCUGACCUCUAGAGAGUGUGCAAAAGUUGGAGACUACUUAGAAUUUCCAAAGUGGUCCCUAUAGGGUAAGAAGAAAAAGAGCUCCCUAGAGGGCCAAAAUUUGGGUGGUCCCUGUAGGGGUCUAGAUUCAAGCCCCUAAAGCUCAGUAAGUCGUUAAGAAUUUUUUUUUCUCCUGCUUCGAAAAUUAGGAAGACUGCUAGCAAGCUCCCCUAGAGUGGCCACUUUUGCAAGCUUCCGUGCUAGGAGGAGGAAAAGUGGUCCCUAGAGGGGUUCCUUCAAGACAGUGUAGAAAAGUUGGAGAAAGUUAGAGAAAGAGAGAAAAAUGACACUCCUCUAUUAGCAUUAUCUCUAUUCUUAUAACAAAAAUAUGAUGAAGGAUUUCGCAACGCAACCUUUUCCGUUUAUUUUUGGGUCCGGAAUGUUUUUCUGAACAUUUUUGAGAACCAAGUAUCUUGCGUCGAUUUCACCUGCGCGUCAUAACUCGAAUGAAUUUGUACGAAUGCUCAAAAAUCUGUUUUCAAUAGGAAAGGUUUUAUUAUAAAAUCAAGGAUUGUCCCAAGAAAAAGGUCCUGGCACGAUUGAGAAAGACUUACAGUACCUUUGGAAAUGUCUUGAACUCAAAUUUCAUUGUUUUUCUCACAUACUAACCACCACCCUUUUCAGAAAGAAACGACCGUCCUUCGACGUGACGUCACCAUGUGUACCGACCACCGCCGGGUUCUCGCCAGUCCUCAUACCUCUAACCAAUGCUAA